CCUCCAGCGCGUGAGGAGGGGCGAGGGUGGCCCGUCGGCACGAGCGCAGACAGCAAGGAACAGCUGCAGAGAAGCUCUCGUUCAUUGAAUUACACCGCAUAGCUCAUACAAUAUUACUGUUUCCUCCCCAAAAAACAAAUAAUAUCGUCCAAACCAUAACCAUCCAAAAUGGUUGACCGCGAGCAGCUGGUUCAAAAAGCCAGGCUGGCUGAACAGGCAGAGAGAUAUGAUGAUAUGGCAGCAGCCAUGAAAUCGGUAACCGAGCUGAACGAGGCCUUGUCCAACGAAGAGAGGAACCUGUUGUCAGUCGCCUACAAGAACGUGGUAGGCGCUCGCCGCUCAUCCUGGAGGGUCAUCUCCAGCAUUGAGCAGAAGACCUCCGCGGAUGGCAAUGAGAAGAAGAUUGAGAUGGUGAGGGCCUACCGCGAGAAGAUUGAGAAGGAGCUCGAGGCCGUGUGCCAGGACGUGCUCAACCUGUUGGAUAACUUCCUGAUCAAGAACUGCAGCGACACCCAGCACGAGAGCAAGGUCUUCUACCUGAAGAUGAAGGGAGACUAUUACCGUUACUUAGCUGAGGUGGCCACAGGCGAGAAGCGCUCCACCGUGGUGGAAUCUUCCGAGAAGGCCUACAACGAGGCUCACGAGAUCAGCAAAGAGCACAUGCAGCCCACUCACCCCAUCCGGCUGGGAUUGGCCCUCAACUACUCGGUCUUCUACUACGAGAUCCAGAACGCUCCGGAGCAGGCCUGUCAUCUGGCCAAGACGGCCUUCGACGACGCCAUCGCCGAGCUCGACACCCUCAAUGAGGACUCCUACAAAGACUCAACCCUCAUCAUGCAGCUCCUCCGAGACAACUUAACACUGUGGACGAGUGACCAGCAAGACGAGGAGGGUGGGGAAGGCAACAAUUAAAAGUAGAAAACCUCUCUAUCUAGUUACAUAAAAAUGGCUGGUGGACUUUGGCAGCAGCUUUUGCCAUGGUUUCCUCUGCAGCAGCAGUUCUUUAUUUUUCCACGAGUUUAAAGAAAAAAAUAUCAAGGGUGGUAAAGGGGGGGCUGAAGUCCUAGUUUGAAUAUAUACAGAAAUAUAUAUAGUUGAAUGGGCCUCCCUCUUCUUGGUUCUCUUUGACAUUUGCCAAAACCACUGAAAUGUCAGUCAAUCAGCCGGAAGCGGUGGUUGUUGGUUGGGAAUGGCAGCCUCACACUGGCAUAUGGACUGAUGUAUUUCAAAGGGAUGCUGCUUAUUUAUGUUUUGGGUAGUAGAAAUGCAUUUCAAAAGAGGGUUAGGUGGUGUUCGAAGGAUAGAAAUAGUAUUAAAUGGUUCCAGUAUUAGUCACGAGUUGAUCUGUUCGAAUCAUCUUGUUUGCGCUCAAUUAAUUGAACUGGAAAUCAAGUGAAUGAAAUUGUGUUCUUUGAAUGCACCAAAACAGAUUUCAGUCAUUGUCAUAUAAUCAUAAUAAUCAGUCUGAUACUACUGGAACCAUUCACUUUUUGAAGGACAGAGACUGAUCUGGAUGGAAAAAAAAGAAAAGAGAAAAAAAAAAAAAAAAAAAAUAGGAAAAAUAUUGCAGCUUCAAAGUUUGUGGUUUACUUCUGUGUUUAAUUUAUUUUUGCACUUGCCAAGUAUACUGUUUUGUCAGUGUAAGAUAAUUACAACGAUACUAUCAAUGAUUCAAUAUUGUGCAUGCUGGUGAUGUAUUUAUACAAUAGCUUGACUUUAUUAACUUAUAUCUUGGAUGUUAUGUAUUCCUAUAAUUGAAGAGUAAACUGGCUUCUUAUUGUUUAUUUAUAAUUUAUCAGUUUUCGUUUUGAUUUGCUAUUCCAAAAUUGUGAUUGUUAACAAUAAAUCGAUCUGUUAUGGGCGUUGCCGUUGUGACAUGGAAUGUUUUUUCUUUAGCUAGGCUGAUUUUUGAAAAACACUACUGAUCACUUAAAUGUACCGGUGUUUUUCUUGGUAAAUUGUAACCAUGACAUUGUUAAGCAAUGUUUUGCUCUCUGAGUGCUCUUCUUGUCAUAUUAUGCACAUUGAACGUGUGGUUUAAACAAGUGACGUUACCGAAUCAGUGUUUCCGUGACCGAUUCAGAACAUGGACCAUAAAUUGUCUUUGGCAGUAUUUUUAAAAUUCAUUCAUUUGCCUUUUUCCUUUCAAUAUAUAUAUUUAUUUUUUUUUACUUUUAGCUGUAUCCUGAGUGACAAUAUCUUGAAUGUGAAUAACUAUGUAGCAGUUGCACAAGAGCCAAAAUAAUUAUAACAAUAAAAAGACAGAAAAAAAGAA